GUUCAAUCAGAGUUAUUUCCCAUGAUUGCAUAAAAAUUGAUGUGAGGAAGCGCAAAUUUCGAAGUACUAACUAGUGUAAACACCAAGUAAUGAAUUCUGCAACCUUGAUAGAUUUGUGUCAGCACUUUGACGGCAAAUUGACAGGCGUGACGUCCUAUCUGGAACUACGAGCUGCAGGCAAUGACCCAAGUUGUCAAAAAUACAUUGUAGACCUCAGCAAAGAGUUGCAGAGUUUGGAAAAUAUUUUGAGGAUGAUGAAAAUGGAAGUGUCCAAGCAAAAGGCACAGCUCACAGCUGUUGAGGGAAUAAAAAGGGAAUUUUCAUCUUUUCUUGGUGGCUUAGAGUAUACUCUAAGUAAUAUUCCACAAAGACUACCAAACACACAAGAACAUGGAAACAGCCCUGUGGAGACUUGUUCUAGUGCAAACAGCAAGCCAUCUGUCCCAGCCAACCAGUGUAAUUCAAGUGCGAGACACAAUGACACAACAGAUAAGAAACCAGCAACAGGAAAACCUCUCUGUCCAGUUAUCGAGUACCUUCGAAUUGAUGAAUUUGAAGAUGUACCAAAGUAUAUAAAAAGCAGAUACACAUACAACCAGGUAAAUACGAUGGUUGAUGGCUUGAAUUCCUCUCUGAAGGCAAAGUACAAGAUUUUGCGAAUGAAGAGGUCGACUCUUAGUGAUGUAAAUAGAAAACAUUUUGAAGAGUUCAAGCAACAAGAAAACAAAGAUACUAAAGGUGUUUACUUUGUUGUGGAGAAGGAUCUGAAGGAGUUUGCUGAUAUGAAGCUGGACGCAGCAAACCGAGCGAUGUUGACAAUACUGCGACACACCAAGCGCAUUCGAGAGAUUCGAGAGACAGGCAUAAUACGAUUCGCCGUAUUAGAUCCGUGUUAAGAUAUAAACAGUGCUUGAAAUAUGGAAACACAUAGGGUGGUAGUCUAAGUCAGACUUAUACGAUCAGUUACUUGUUACAUUUCAAAGUUUGUUAGGUGGUAGUCUAAGUCAGACUUAUACGAUCAGUUACUUGUUACAUUUCAAAGUUUGUUAGGUGGUAGUCUAAGUCAGACUUAUACGAUCAGUUACUUGUUACAUUUCAAAGUUUGUUACGAGGCAGCUGGAGACUAAUUUUCGGCAGCAAUUUCUGCCACUAUCACAAUCUAUUUUUCAUGCACAGCAAUCAGUAAAUACAUUACAUUUCA